GCACACAGCAGUACUGCAGUAGAGAGACGCCACUCGCGCAGGCGCCUGGAACAAUAGAUGGUCAGUAUCGUGCUACGGACCCUGUCGAACCAAUCACGGUGCUCGCUGUUGCGAAGGGGAGAGGUUUGCCGCCGACGAGUGACUGCCCCGCUGGUCUCUCCGAGCUUGUUGCACGCCGCGGCUGCACCACGGGCAACGAUGUCAACACCAGCAACACCCACAGCAGACCACUCAGAGCCAGGAGUGUUCAGCACCAUUGCUGACUUUCGUCGGGCCAGAAGGAGCCUCCCACACGACGCGUCGGUGGGGUUCGUGCCGACCAUGGGCGCCCUCCACGAAGGCCACUUGGACCUCUUCCGUAGAGCGAGGCGGGAGUGCGACAUUGUGGUGGGGUCGGUGUUCGUCAACCCUGCGCAAUUCGCUCCACAUGAGGAUCUAGACCGGUAUCCCCGCCAGCUGGAGCAAGACUUGGAGCUGUUGGGCGGCGAGGGGUUGGUGGACCUCGUCUUUGCCCCCACCCGCGAGGAGAUGUACUCGCCGGACCACCGAAUAUACGUUGAUCCGUUGGGGUUCGACGAUCUGCCGGAAGGCGUCGCAAGGCCGGGGUUCUUCCGGGGGGUGGCCACCGUCGUGACGAAGCUGCUGAACGUGGUGCAGCCCGACCUCGCGUUCUUCGGACAGAAGGACGCACUCCAAUGCGUGCUGGUCAAGAGGCUUGUUGAGGACCUAAACAUGCCCGUGACGGUGGUGGUGAGCGAGACCACCAGGGAGGCGGACGGGCUGGCGAUGUCGUCCCGAAACGCCUACAUGUCGGCCGAGGAGAGGGCCGCGGCGCCGGCGGUGUACCUGUCGCUGCGGGCGGCGGCGGACGCUCGCCAGCGAGAAGCGGACGCGGGAAGAAACGCGUCUCGCGAGGAGCUGGUUGCAGCGGCGGAGGAAGUUAUCUCGGCUCAGCCACUGAUCACGUCCGUCGACUACCUAUCGGUCGGGUCCCCGGCUACCAUGGAGGAGUUGGAAGAGAUAGGCCAGGCGGGAGCGGUCGUUUCUGUCGCAGUUCGGCUUGGGUCCGUCAGGCUGAUCGACAACGUGGUGCUUCCCCCGCUCGCGAGAUAA